AUGGGACAGACUCAGACUACCCCCUUAAGCAUUAUGGUUGAUCAUUUUAAAGAGGUUAAGGGAAGAGCUAACAACCUUAGUGCAGAAGUGAGGAAGGGCCGAUGGCAAACUUUCUGUUCCAGCGAGUGGCCGGCUCUUAAUGUCGGGUGGCCGCCGGAGGGGACCCUCGACCUCCCCACCAUCCGCCGGGUCAGAGAAAUCGUUUCUCGGCCAAAGGGAGGCCAUCCUGAUCAGCUCCCUUACAUUAUUACUUGGCAGGACCUCAUGGAGGACCCCCCCUCCUGGCUUAAGCCGUUCCUGGCUCCGCGCCCUGCGGAACCGGAGCCCAUUCUUGCCUUACAGGAAGCAGAAAAGAAGAAAGAGAAAGAAGCCACCCCACCAUCGGCCCUGGCUCCCCUCUACCCGGUUUUGCAGGGGGGAGCUGGGGAAGAGCUAAUCUUUCCUCCCCCGUACCAGCUUCUCAGGUUGCUGGAGAGAGGCGGUGUUUUAGCGGCAGCAGUGGGCGGUGUUCCGGCAGCAGCAGUGGGCGGUAGGGAACUGCAUGUUGCAGUCCCCGACUCCACUAUUAAGACUCUGCCCUUGCGAGCCGCGGGUCCCCCAGAUGCGGAUGGCAAUCAGCCCCAUCACUACUGGCCUUUUGCCACCAGUGACCUUUAUAACUGGAAGGCACAGAACCCUAAAUUCUCCGAGAAGCCAGCGGGGCUUAUCGACUUGUUGGAUUCUGUCCUUUUCACCCAUCAACCCACGUGGGAUGACUCUCAACAGCUAUUGCAGGUCCUGUUCACAACGGAAGAGAGAGAAAGAAUCCUCAAUGAGGCUCGGAAGGUGGUUCCUGGCGUGGACGGGAACCCAACCACUAACCAGUCCCUGAUUGAUGUCUCCUUUCCCUUAACUAGACCUGACUCAGAAGGUAAGGAGAGGCUCCGAAUUUACCACCAGACUCUAAUGAGGGGUCUCCGCAUGGCUACUAGAAGGCCUACCAAUUUGACCAAAGUAGGGAACGUGCAGCAGGAAAGGGAUGAGUCUCCGGCUGCCUUUUUAGAACGGAUCAUGGAGGCCUACCGCACUUACACCCCCAUGGACCCAGAAGCCCCUCAGAAUAAGGCAGCUGUAGCCAUGAGUUUUAUAAACCAGUCAGCCGCAGACAUCAGAAAGAAAUUGCAGAAGGUAGAUAGAUUAGGAGAAAAAAGUCUUAGGGACUUGCUGGAGGUGGCCGAGAAAGUGUACAAUAACCGGGAGUCCCCGGAAGAUAGGCAAGCCCGCGCCAUGGCCGCUGCCAGUGACAAGCAGACCCGGAACCUGGCCAAGAUCCUGCUAGCCACUACCACAGAUUCCUCUGAGAAGCGGACUCGCCGCCUUCGCCAGCUCGCAGAUGACCAAGAAAAAGGUAAGAGGGCCGUCAAGGGCAGGAAAAAGAAGCUGCAGUGGAACCAGUGUGCUUACUGCAAAGAGAUAGGACACUGGGCCCGGGAGUGCGCAAAGAAAGGCGGUAAGAAGGGAAACAAGACGGACCAAGUAGAAGUCUUAGAACUAGAAGAGUUAAGUGACUAGGGGAGUCGGGGUUCGGACCCCCUCCCCGAGCCCAGGGUAACUCUUAGAGUGGAGGGGACCCCCGUUGACUUCCUUGUGGACACUGGGGCCCAACAUUCGGUCCUUCGUACACCUCAGGGGAAACUAGCCAACAAGAAAUCCUGGGUGCAAGGGGCGACUGGCAUGAGCCAGUAUUCAUGGACUACCCGAAGAACAGUAGACCUAGGAACGGGCCGGGUAUCCCAUUCAUUUAUGGUAAUACCAGAAUGCCCCUACCCCCUACUAGGACGGGACUUACUAACCAAGAUUGGAGCCCAAAUAACUUUCAAACAAGGGGGGCCCCAGGUCACCGAUGGUAAAGGCCACCCCAUCCAGGUUCUGACUCUGAGACUGGAGGAUGAGUAUCGUCUCCAUCAGGGAACGCUCCCAGUAGAAAUUACUGUGGACAGAUGGCUACAAGAAUUCCCCACAGCAUGGGCAGAGACGGGGGGGGUUGGACUGGCUGCUCACAGGGCCCCAACCCUGGUGGAGCUAAAACCUGGAGAAGGCCCAAUAAGAGUCAAGCAGUACCCUAUGACCCAGGAGGCCCGGAAGGGAAUCCAGCCUCACAUACGGAGAUUGCAGAGCCUGGGGGUGCUGGUCCCAUGCCAAUCUGCCUGGAACACCUCCCUCCUGCCGGUCAGGAAGCCACACACAAAUGACUACCGGCCAGUACAGGACCUCCGGGAAGUAAAUAAAAGAGUCAUAGAUAUACACCCAACUGUUCCUAACCCAUACACUCUUCUAAGUUCUUUGCCGCCCUCUAAAGUCUGGUAUACGGUAUUAGACUUAAAGGAUGCCUUCUUCAGCCUGCCGCUAGCGCCUCAAAGCCAACCCUUGUUUGCCUUUGAAUGGCAUGACCCGGAAGAGGGCUACAGUGGACAGUUAACCUGGACGCGACUGCCCCAAGGGUUCAAGAAUUUGCCUACCAUCUUCGACGAGGCACUGCAUGAGGACCUCGGUGAGUACAGAAGAGAGCACCCCAGUAUUACCCUCCUACAGUACGUAGAUGACAUCCUGAUUGCUGCCGAUACCGCCGAAGACUGCGAGCAGGGGACCAGGGACCUGUUGGCCACCCUGGGGACCUUAGGGUAUCGGGCCUCCGCGAAGAAAGCUCAAAUAUGCAAAGAGAGGGUAAGUUACUUGGGAUACAUCCUAGAGGGUGGACGGGGACGGUUGUCAGAUGCUAGAAAAGAAACAGUCCUGAAAAUCCCUACUCCAGCCUCCCGGAGGGAAGUAAGGGAAUUCCUAGGGUCGGCUGGCUAUUGUCGCCUCUGGAUACCAGGUUUUGCUGAGAUCGCCAGGCCCCUAUAUGAAGCUACCAAGGAGGGGAAAACAUUUAAAUGGACUGAAAAAGAAGAAACUGCCUUUAAUCAGAUAAAGACAGCCCUCUUGGCUGCUCCAGCCCUAGGGCUGCCAGACAUUUCUAAGCCCUUUCGCCUCUUUGUAGACGAACGCAAGGGAAUAGCAAAAGGAGUUCUAACUCAGGCUUUAGGCCCCUGGAGCCGCCCAGUAGCAUAGUUGUCCAAAAAGUUAGAUCCAGUAGCUGCCGGUUGGCCGCCGUGCCUGAGAAUCAUUGCAGCAACUGUGCUCUUAGUCAAGGAUGCCGACAAACUGACCCUAGAACAGGAGAUCUGGGUCACAACCCCACAUGCCAUUGAGGGGGUCCUAAAACAGCCUCCUAAUAGAUGGAUGAGCAAUGCAUGUAUGACCCACUAUCAAAGCUUACUGCUCAACCCUCCUAGAGUACGGUUCCUUCCAAGCGCAGCCCUUAACCCCGCUACCCUGCUGCCUGACCCCGACCUGGAUGCCCCGCUACAUGACUGUGCAGGAAUCCUGGAGCAGGUGCACGGACUUCGGAAGGACUUGACCGAUAGGCCCCUCCAUGACGCAGAGGCCACCUGGUUUACGGAUGGAAGCAGCUUCUUGCGAGACGGGUGCAGGUAUGCGGGUGCAGCAGUGGUUACCGACACAGACACUGUAUGGGCGGAGGCUCUGCGCCCUGGGACAUCAGCUCAACGAGCAGAACUUAUUGCACUCACCAAGGCAUUAACACUGGGGGCUGGGAAACGGCUUAACGUCUACACAGACAGCCGUUAUGCAUUUGCUACAGCUCAUGUUCACGGAGCGAUCUAUCAGGAAAGAGGGCUAUUGACAGCAGAGGGACGGACAAUAAAGAACAAGCAGGAAAUUCUCAACCUGCUUGAGGCCCUAUGGCUUCCCACUAAGCUAGCUAUUAUCCACUGCCAAGGGCACCAAAAGGCAGAUGACCCAAUAGCAAGAGGUAACCAGAAGGCUGAUCAGGCAGCCAAAGCAGCGGCCCUCACUUUGGUCCCUACCAUAACCUUACAACUACCAGACCCCGGGGACCCAGUUUUGCCAGAUCAGCCGAAGUACUCUCAGGAAGAGCUGCAGCGGAUCAGGAGGCUCCCCCACGUCCAGGAAAUAAAAGGAUGGUGGUACACACCAAACAAGGAGCUCAUCCUACCGGACUGGCUUGGGGUUACAGUGUUAGAGCGCAUGCACAGAUCCACCCACUUGGGAACCCGGAAAUUGAGAGACUUAAUCCAGCAUGCUAAAAUUAAAAUUCACCAACAAGACUCCAAAAUAAAUCAAGUUGUAGCCUCCUGCAAAACCUGCCAACUCACGAACGCAAGAGCUGGGUCAGGAGAACAAGGAACCAGACUCAGAGGCACCAAACCAGGGGCGCAAUGGGAGGUCGAUUUCACUGAAAUCAAACCAGGAAAGUAUGGUUAUAAAUAUCUUUUAGUAUUCAUAGACACCUUCUCUGGCUGGGUAGAGGCUUACCCAACCAAGCAUGAAACCGCCCAGACGGUCGCCAAGAAGCUACUGGAGGACAUUCUACCCAGGUAUGGUUUUCCAGCCAUGAGAGGAUCAGACAACGGACCAGCUUUCAUUUCACAGGUAAUGCAAGCGGUAGCCAAGGUCAUAGGGGCAGAUUGGAAAUUACAUUGUGCCUAUAGGCCCCAGAGCUCAGGGCAGGUAGAAAGAAUGAAUAGAACUCUAAAAGAGACCCUUACCAAAUUAACCAUGGAGACUGGCGGGGAUUGGGUGGCUCUCCUUCCAUAUGCCCUGUACCGGGUGAGGAACUCUCCUUACACCCUGGGUCUUACCCCUUUCGAGAUCAUGUUUGGCAGACCUCCCCCUAUCAUUCCUAACCUUAAGGCUGAACUCCUCGCUGAGUUUGAAAAUCAGGAAAUAUCUUUUCUCUUGAGAGGGCUCCAGAGGACGCACGAGGACAUUUGGCCGCGCCUCCGCGCCAUCUAUGAGGCUGGCCCAACCCCGACGCCUCAUCAGUACAGACCGGGAGACUGGGUGUUCGUCAAGAGGCACCGCCGGGAGACCCUUGAGCCACGUUGGAAGGGCCCCUACGUCGUCGUGCUGACUACACCCACCGCUCUCAAGGUAGACGGCGUCGCGACCUGGGUCCAUCACACCCACGUCCGCCCAGCUGACCCCUCUGCAGUCCAGGAGAACUUCAUCACGCGAUGGAGCAUCGAUCAGGACCAGUGCAACCCGCUCAAGCUCAAGCUACGGCGCGCUCGGCCUGCCUGA